CUCUUCCUACAAUCUGCCUUCUCUUUUUCUCUGCGAUAGCACGAGUGAGCCUUAACCAGUAUACCCCCAACAGAGGGCCCAAAACAGACGAGCAAAACGAAGAUAAUGGGGAAAAGCAAAUAGCUAGUGCUAGUAGUAGCAGUGGCAGCAGCCAUUGUUCAUGCCAGCCUGCUUUGCAAACAAAGAGAUCCCAGUCCCUGCCUCCCGUAAAGCCUUCCGUCUCCUCCUCCAGUUUGGUAGCUCAGACUGUCCGUUUCUCUAUUAUUUUUACUCCCCAUUUUGGGGAAAAGGAGCAGGAAGGAGGAUGUGCAAGGGGGGUGGGGGAGAGGAAACACCAUACAGAUACAUGCAUUUUUAAUUUGAAGUAGAAGCCCAGGACUUCUUUUGUAAGGCUGUUCCUCCAAGUCUUUCAAGCUGUACUCACCAAAGGAGCCCCCCAACGGCAACGCCUUCCCACCUUUCCACCCAGGGAGCAUGCUGGACAGAGACGUGGGGCCCACCCCAAUGUAUCCUCCACCGUACCUGGAACCAGGAGUAGGUAGGCACACACCAUAUGGGAAUCAGACCGACUACAGAAUAUUUGAGCUGAACAAACGGCUACAGAAUUGGACAGAGGAAUGUGACAACCUUUGGUGGGACGCUUUCACUACCGAAUUCUUUGAAGAUGACGCCAUGCUUACUAUUACUUUCUGCUUGGAAGAUGGACCAAAGAGAUACACAAUUGGGAGGACGUUGAUUCCUCGGUAUUUCCGCAGUAUCUUUGAGGGAGGAGCUACAGAACUGUACUACAUCUUGAAACACCCCAAGGAGUCAUUUCACAAUAACUUUGUUUCUCUGGACUGCGACCAGUGCACCAUGGUCACUCAGCAUGGAAAACCCAUGUUCACUCAGGUGUGUGUGGAAGGAAGGUUGUAUUUGGAGUUCAUGUUUGAUGACAUGAUGAGGAUAAAGACGUGGCAUUUCAGUGUUCGGCAACACAGAGAGCUUAUCCCACGCAGUAUCCUGGCCAUGCAUGCUCAAGACCCCCAAAUGUUGGACCAGUUGUCUAAAAAUAUCACACGAUGUGGUCUAUCUAACUCCACCCUCAACUACCUCCGACUUUGUGUAAUCCUAGAACCAAUGCAGGAACUCAUGUCCCGCCACAAAACCUACAGCCUAAGCCCCCGUGACUGCCUCAAGACGUGCUUGUUUCAAAAAUGGCAGCGGAUGGUUGCUCCUCCUGCCGAACCAGCCCGCCAGCAGCAAAGCAAACGCCGAAAAAGGAAGAUGUCUGGAGGAAGCACCAUGAGCUCUGGAGGGGGAUCAGGUAACAACAGCAACAGUAAAAAGAAGAGCCCAGCAAGCAGCUUUGCCCUGUCCAGUCAGGUACCUGAUGUGAUGGUGGUGGGAGAGCCAACAUUGAUGGGCGGUGAAUUUGGGGAUGAGGAUGAACGGCUUAUUACCCGCCUCGAGAACACACAGUUUGAUGCAGCAAAUGGCAUGGAUGAUGAGGACAGCUUCAACAACUCGCCAGCCCUCGGCACCAACAGCCCCUGGAACAGCAAACCCCCAUCCAGCCAAGAGAGUAAAUCAGAGAAUCCCACAUCACAAGCAUCGCAGUAAUAAAAAGAGGAAGAAAUGAAUGAUUAAAAGGAGAGUGGGGACAAAUGGUUUGAGUGGGAGGGAUUGGGAGGGAAUGGGAUUAUCAGGACUGAGUGAAAAUGGUCAACUUGUAAAUUCUGAAAACAUACAAGUAUGUGGAUACCUGUGGUACUGGGGGACAGUACAGUAGACUUCUUGUCUGUUUAUUUUUGAGAAAUGCCCCAGAUUCUGCACUGAUGUCCUUGGUGGUCGAGAGGAGUCCUUGAUCACUGCCUUAGAUUAGUAUUUUCUUCUGUCAUUCCAAUUUUGGCUCUUUGUCACUGGACAGAGUGGUUUGGAUACAUACCUAAUUGUACACAUUCUGACAGUGUCCUUUCAGUUUGUUCCCCUCCAAGGUGUAUGUAUUGCAGAAACAUCCAGAUGUUUAUUUCCCCCUCUCUCUUUUUUCCCCAUUCCUUUCCAUGUUUAGUAAUUGCCCAUCACUGAAGAGGUACACAAUUGAAAAGUAUACAUAAAAUGUUCCCUUCAAAAGGGGUAAUUUUUUAAGGAUUUAUGUACAUAUUUUGGGAGGGGAUAUAUAUACAUUUUAGUUAUCCUGAUCAAGACAAAUCGUUACUAGUAAGGUACGAGUAUUUUAAAUUAUGGCCUGCCUUUGUAAUGUUUAGAAAGAACCAGUUUUUGACAAACGUUGAAGAAGCAUAUACAUUGAAAGCUUACCUUGGGGUGGGAACCUCAUUUUACUGUCUACCCUUUUAUCUCAGGUUGGUUGACCUGAACCUGUUACAGGUAUCCAUGGAGAACAGUGUUGUCAGUAUGUGCAUUUCUGCUCACACUAUUGUAUGCUGUCGCUUCUAACAAUUCAAACUAAGACUUGCAUUACUUUGACCUAGUAAUUUCAUAUGCUGUUUGCAUGUCAGUUGAUUAGAUGAGAACAGAGCAAGUUAUUAAACUGCCUUGAGGUUUUGUGGGUGCACUGUAGUGUUUGAGCUGGGAUCAGGUGGUGAGCGCACUACUGGUGAUAUGAAACCAGGGUGUUAGGUACUGUAAAUGGUGUUAACAAGCUUAACGUACAAUUUAAUUAUAAUCUUAGGGAAGACAUUUUCUCUUAUUGUUUAACAGGUGAAAUGGAACUAUGUAUAGUGCAAACACAACUCCUUAGAUUCCCCCCACAAGGAAAGCAGAAGAGAGAGAUUGAGCUGAAGGGGGCAAAUUUGCAGGUUCUGCUGUUUUGCUUUUGAAAAUGGAGUAGCUACAUACAGUGAAAGCAGUCCACAUUAAGAUGGUGGCCUGUUGACUCAAAGUGUUCCAAUAUCGCUGCUUGUGAUGAAUGGCCAACUACAGGGCUGAUUCCCAGUACCCCAGAAUCAAGAAGGUAGGGUGAAAUAGGAGAAGCAAUGUGAUGUCCUGAUUUUGUAAUGGAGUGUACAUCUUUAAGAAUCUCGUUUUUUACAUUACAGAAAGCUUCAGACCAAGGAAUGACUUUGCAAGUCCCUUUUUAACCCCCUAAAAAAGACCUUUUUAGUGUUUUUAUUUUUUAAUGUAAGCUCACGUGGCAUUUUCCCCUCUCCCUGUUUCAAAGUCUCUUUCUUGCAAAUUUGUGUAUUUGUGCCUGUAUAUUUAAGCUAGUAGCAGCGAAUAUGUAUUACUGUUUAAAUGUAUUGUUAGAGUGACUGCCUCCUUUGAUGUCAAAUGAAAAAAAUAAUAAAGAAAAUAAAUUGUUGUCA